CAACGAGGAGGAGCUUGCAGGCUCAAGUAGGGGAUGCCAAUCAAAGCAUCAACUUCAAAUUGUAUCUGAGAGAUCAGCCCGGAGACCUCGGGGCCAGGCGCGUCAGUCGGAGCGCAAUUGUUGAUCAGAUCACAUCCAGCGGACUUUGCGCGUAAAGAGAGAGAGAGAGAGAGAGAGGAAGCCCAGAUUUAAGAGCGGGUUGUUUUUUGACUGCAUCCACCGGCUGCAUGUCUGUAGUAGCCGCGACUUCGGCUUGAACACUUUCCCUUUACUCCUCCGGGUUCCCUCUUUUUUCCUCCUUUUUUUCCUCUCCGCGCUUGUUUUUUUUUUUUUUUUUUUGCUGUUGUUGUUUGGUUUUUUUUUUACGCGCAGAUUUGUCGGACGGUACUGGUGCGCGACAAUUUGGGCGGAGGAAGAAGAUGUCUUUCCCCCAGCUAGGCUACCCGCAGUACCUGAGUGCCUCCCAGGCGGUGUACGGGAGCGACAGACCGGGAGUGCUUACGCCCUCGUCCCGCGGAGGGAGCUCCGAGAUGGCGGGGAGUCCUUCGGCCACCGCCGCGGCGGUGUCGUCCGUGUUGGGCAUGUACGCCAACCCGUACGCGCACAACUACAGCGCUUUCUUGCCGUACACCAGCGCAGACCUGGCUCUGUUCUCACAAAUGGGGUCCCAGUAUGAGCUGAAGGAGGGUCCUGGCGUCCACCCCGCCAGCUUCGCUGCCCACACCUCUCCGGCCUUCUAUCCAUACGGCCAGUUCCAGUACGGGGACCCGGCCAGGCCCAAGAACGCCACGCGGGAGAGCACCAGCACCCUGAAGGCCUGGCUCAACGAGCACAGGAAGAACCCGUACCCGACCAAGGGCGAGAAGAUCAUGCUGGCCAUCAUCACCAAGAUGACGCUGACGCAGGUGUCCACGUGGUUCGCCAACGCCAGGCGGCGGCUCAAGAAGGAGAACAAGGUGACCUGGGGCAGCAGGAGCAAGGAGGACGAGGACGGCAACUUGUUCGGCAGCGGGGACGAGGCGGAGAAGAACGAAGACGAGGAGGAGAUCGAUCUGGAGAGCAUCGACAUCGACAAAAUCGACGACAACGACGGGGAUCAGAGCAACGAGGACGACGACGAUAAGUCGACGGAGGGGAGCAGGGACCACAGGGGCGGCGUCGGUGCGGGCGGCGAGUUGGACAGCAUGGAGAAGCGACGGGCCUUCGCCCUGCAGGCCCACGAGGCCUUUGAGAAAUCUAAGAGCGCGAUUUCAGUUCACCCAGGGAGUAAGGAGAACUCGGACGGCAACAACAACAACAACAACACGACGACGAGAGUUCUGUCUCCGGACAGAUCCGGGAGCUUUCCUCUCCCGUCGAGCAAUAAGCCUAAGAUAUGGUCUUUGGCGGAGACCGCCACGAGUCCCGACAGCUCGUCCCAGAAACCCACGUCCCCGUGUGGCCCGGCCGCCACCACGCACCCGUCGGGGCCCCAGCACCACCAGAUCCAGACGCACCCGGCCUUCCUGCCCAGUCACGGACUGUACACCUGCCAGAUUGGGAAGUUCCACAACUGGACGAACGGCGCUUUCCUGGGCCAGAACUCCCUGCUCAACGUGAGGUCGUUCCUGGGAGUAAACCAGCACCACCACCACCACCACCACAGCGGCCAUCACUUGACGGCCCAGCAGCAGCAGCAGCAGCAGCAGCCGACGUCGGUGGUGGUGUCCCCGGCAGCGGCUGCAGCGGCGCUCAGCAAUGACAGCAAGGCCCCGCCAGAGACCCACAGUCCCAAGCACAUAGACCAUGAAAACGGUGUCAGGUCCGACUCGCCCCCGACACCGACCCUGAAGUCUUCCUUCCGACCCCUCCACGACAGAUCCUCUCUGCCUUCCAGCGCCAGGAGUCCACAAGACGCCACGCAGCGGGUCCUCACCGCUCUCUCCUCGGCUUGAUCCCAAGACACAUUUCUUUUUUUUUUCGUGCUUGAAAAAAAAAGAAGCAGGAGAA